CGCAGGAUGCUGUGGGGGGUGGGCCUGGCGGCGCCGCGCUCCUGCGUGGCGGACCUGAGCCGCAACCGCAGCCUGUCGCUGGGCUGGUGCGCGGGGCCCGAGGAGCCGCCGCCCGCCUUCUAUGGGGGCGAGAUCGUCGCCUUCCCGCUGUCGGGCGGCGGCGGCACCAUGGCGGCGCUGGGCUCCGACUCCUGGUGGAAGAAAACGCUGUACCUGACGGGCGGGGCCCUGCUGGCCGCCGCCGCGUACCUGCUCCACGAGCUGCUGGCCAUUCGGAAAGAGGAAGAGCUUGAUUCAAAAGAUGCUAUCAUACUGCAUCAGUUUUCAAGGCCUAGGAAUGGUGUUCCGAGUUUAUCGCCAUUCUGUCUGAAAAUGGAAACAUACUUGAGGAUGGCUGAUUUACCCUACCAGAACUAUUUUGAUGGAAAACUUUCCCCUCAAGGGAAAAUGCCUUGGAUUGAAUACAAUCACAAGAAAGUAUCUGGCACCGAGUUCAUUAUUGACUUUUUGGAAGAGAAGCUUGGAGUGAAUUUAAAUAAACACCUUGGCCCACAUGAAAGAGCUGUUUCCAGAGCUGUGACAAAAAUGGUGGAGGAGCACUUGUACUGGACUUUAGCUUAUUGCCAAUGGGUGGAAAAUCUUCAUGAGACGCAAAAGAUGGUUUCUCUUUUUGGCCCCUUCAGCGACUUGCUGAAGUGGAUCUUCUGCCAUCUGACCAAAGGAAUCGUGAAGCGGGAAAUGUACGGCCAUGGCAUUGGCCGCUUCUCAGAGGAGGAGAUGUACACGCUGAUGGAGAAGGACAUGCGGACUCUGGCAGGCCUCCUGGGUGACAAGAAGUACAUUAUGGGAUCAACUGUUUCCACCGUUGAUGCCACAGUCUUUGGACAUCUGGCACAGGCAAUGUGGACGCUACCAGGGACUCGACCGGAGAGACUAAUCAAAGGUGAACUGAUUAACCUUGCUAUGUAUUGUGAAAGAAUAAGGAGGAAAUUUUGGCCAGAAUGGCACCAUGAUGAUGAUAACACUCUGUAUGAAUCUGAGGAAAGCAGCGAAGCAAGCAAGACUUACUCCCCUUUGCAGGACUUCAGUUUUUAUUCAAGGACAGAAACAUUUGAUGAGGAAGGGAAUAGUAUUUCCCAAACGCCUGAUACCGAUUACACUGGACACUCCCUCUUUGAUUCAGAUGUGGACAUGGAUGAGUACAGAGAUCAUGAACAAUGCAAGUGAUGUGUACAAGUGUUUCCCAUUGUGCAGAUAAGCUGUUUCUUGGGGUCAGUCUGAUUUGUUUUCUCCUUCAGGUCAGGAAGAGGUUUAUACCACUUUGGAAGAGACCAUUGUGCUUGACUCAGCUGUCACGUGCUACUUGGACUAUUUCAACUGUAUUUCAUUUUGUCUUACUGUGCAGGUGGAACCAAGGUAAACACUUAUUUAAAAUACACAUGGGCAAACAAGAGCUCUAGAGGACAACAGGACCUUUCCAUCUACAUUUUUGUUCGUGUUCAAAAACAUAUCCCCCAUCCAAGUGGGACAGACUUCUGGGAAGUGGAGCAUUUGUCACUACUGGUUUGUGUUAAUAUCUUAUCUUUACAGGAGUGGUUGAGGACAAAAAUGGAAGAGGUAUGACUGGCACAGCUUUCUUCCAUGGAAGAAAAUGAUUGAUGCUUUAAUGAAAAGGCCCUGGAGGUGCUGGUUGACUGCACCUCAGUAUGAGCCAGUGGUGUGCCCUGGUGGAUCAGAUGUAACAGCAUCCUGGUUUGUGUCAGCAAUGGUGUGACCAACAGGACCAGGGCAGUGAUCGUUCCCCUGUACUCAGCACUGGUGAGGGUGCACCUCGAGUCUUGUGUUCAGUUC